UCUUCUUACUUCUUCCUUCUGUAAAGACCACAUCUUGCGCACUGAAACCGCAAGAAGACCAAGAUCAAGAACCUACCCAAGUCCGAGGGAAGAUCUGCAGACAUGUCGUCAUCGUCGCCGUCGCCGCCGCCUGAGAUCCUGGUAGUGCCCUUCUUCGGCCAGGGCCACCUCCUCCCUUGCACGGAGCUCUGCAAGCACCUCGCCGCCCGCAACCUGAAGGCCACCCUCGUCAUCUCCUCCAACCUCUCCUCCUCCAUCCCCUCCUCCCUCCGCGGCCACCACCCCCUCCUCCGGAUCGCCGAGAUACCCUCCUCGCCGCCCCCUCCGGCCGAGCCGGGAUCCGAUCCCAUGGAGGCUCACCGGGCUCACCACGCCCAGCUGGCUCAGGGGCUCGAGGACAUGCUCGCGCCCCGGCCCGGCGAUCCCAGCGCGGCCCGGCCCGCCUGCGCGGUCCUCGACGUCAUGAUGGGGUGGAGCGGCGAGAUCUUCGCCAAGCACCGGAUCCCGACGGUCGGGUUCUUCACCUCCGGCGCGUGCUCGUCGGCGAUGGAGGUCGCGGUCUGGAAGGCCAAGGUCGAGGAUCUCAAGCCGGGCGAGACCCGCCAGCUCCCGGGCCUCCCCGAAGACUUGGCGCUCACGGCGUCAGACUUCAAGCGCCGGCCCCACGGCCCGCCGCACCUCCGCGGCGGCGGCGGCGGCAGAGGCGGCAGAGGGCCUCCGAAUCGGGGAUCCGGACCCCCCCGCCCGAUGGGUGUCCCGGGUCCGAAGUUCAUGGGCCCGCCCGGACCGGGCCAGCAGCCACCGUGGGUCGAGGAGUCCGGCGGCUGGAUCGCGAUGCUGUUCCACACGUGCGCCGAACUCGAGGGCCUAUUCCUCGGCUACCUCGCCGGCCAGGUCAGCAAGCCGGUCUGGGGCGUCGGGCCGCUGCUGCCGGAGCAGUACUGGAAGUUGGCCGGCUCGCUCCUGCACGACCGGGAGAUCCGGUCGAACCGGCCGUCCACCGUGACCGAGGACGAGGUCAUCCAGUGGCUGGACUCCAAGCCGCACGGCUCGGUACUGUACGUCGCGUUCGGGUCCGAGGUGGGGCCCACGGCGGAGGAGUACCCGGAGCUGGCGGCCGCGCUGGAGGAGUCGACCCGGCCUUUCAUAUGGGCGAUCCAAUACGGGGCGGGGCGUCGGGGCCCGCCCAAGACGUUCCUGGGCGGGUCGCCCGGCUCGGACGAGGACGAGGACGAGGGCUACUUCCCUCACGGGCUGGACAAGAAGGUUGGAGAGCGGGGCCUGAUUGUGCGCGGGUGGGCCCCGCAGCUGCUGAUACUCAGCCACCCGUCGACGGGCGGGUUCCUGUCGCACUGCGGGUGGAACUCGACGGUCGAGGCAAUCGGGCGCGGCGUCCCGUUCCUGACGUGGCCCAUCAGGGGCGACCAGUACUACAACUCCAAGCUCGUGGUGGACCAUCUCAAGAUCGGGCACGUGGUGUCCGAGGACAUGUCGAAGAACUUCGCGAGGGACGACAUAGCCAAGGGGAUCGAGAGGCUGAUGUCCGACGAGGGCGCGCGGGAGAGAGCCGCGCGCAUCCGGGCCGUGUUCGAGCACGGCUUCCCGGCCAGCUCGGUGGCCGCUUUGGACGCGUUGAAGGACUUCAUCAUCAGCAAGACGGCGGCGUCGUCGUGAGCAGCCGCGCGCUUCCCCUAGUCCAUUUGAGGAGUGAAGGGGAAUUAUGUUAUGUUGGGCUUGUAAUUUCACGAUCAGAACAAUGUAUCACCAGUUGUAUACACUCGUCACUGUAGAGAAUCUGCGCCUUUACUUACAUUGCGCCUUCCAUAUAACUUGAAUUUCUUUUCCCUA